GCUCCUUUGCGACGCGGGUAAGACAAACGUUAUCGUAGCAGUAGCCUAGUAGAUGGGCCACAAGUGGAGAAUUGAUGGAAGAGAAUUGAGCAAUUAUCUACUUUACUUUUUCUUCUUGGGCGGUGACUAUUGGUGAGGUCUUGGCUGCGUUAUUGACUCAACACGCCUUAUUGAGCAGUCGUGCUAGACAUAAGUGCUGGUUUUCCGGAAUCAACGCAAAGCGAGAACAGUGAGGGGGCUCUCGUCGACUCCGAGUGUGCCGAAUGAUGUCCUUUCUGUCGGGGCAGUGAGAAGGAAUCAAAGGUAUCUACAAAAGGACCACCAACGCCUGCUUUCCAAAGGUGUUGUUUUGAAAGUUAUGGACAGUGCGCUCUACCACUCAGCGGGAAUUUUCGGCACCCCCUCGGCUUCUAGAAACUUGACUGCGGGCGGAAACAUGAUCACCUCCACCAAGCCUCUCGCUUUUUCGAUCGAACGGAUUAUGGCCAGGACGCCCGAGCCAAAGUCGAUACCUUUCCCCAACCUGUUCCAUCACACUCCGGUGGGCAAAGCGGACCCGAAGCAGGCGCUCAACAUGACUUCAUCAUCACUGCAUUGCAUGAUACCAUUAGUGCCAUUGGCAUACGAACCCGGUCAUAAACUAAAUAUGAAUGGAUUAGAAACGAGUCACUUUGACGCUUCCUCGUAUAAUUCAAAUGAGUUGGUCAGCAUUGGUUUGAACUAUAAGAACGAACAACCAGAUCUGAGCUCGUCGGUGGGGCAAUACAAACUUUUUCGACCACGGGUGGUAAACCAGUCAUCUUUUCAUGCCAUGGGGGCUGUGUGCUACCUGAACUGCGGGCAGAGUGCAUGCCCACCCCCAGCUAGCAUCGUAAACAUCCACCCCAUGGCCUCCUACUUUCUCAACACUCCACUGCAGCAUGCGCGCCAGAGAGCUUUCCUCGCGGAGAAAAAUAAAGUGUCUCACUGUGCAGACAGAUACGCAUCCGGAGUUAAAGACAUUUCCCAAACUCAACUCCAUCACUACAUGAAAGAGAGCGCACAGAUUAUAUCGGACAAACUAUUCAAGGGCUCUUCCAAAUUGAACAGCGGUUGCCCAAGCGGCAAACCCAAAGUAUUCACCUGCGAGGUUUGCGGAAAGGUGUUCAACGCCCACUACAAUUUAACGCGCCAUAUGCCCGUGCACACUGGAGCGAGACCAUUCAUCUGCAAAGUAUGCGGCAAGGGAUUUCGACAAGCAAGCACCCUUUGUCGCCACAAAAUUAUUCAUACUCAGGAAAAGCCUCAUAAAUGCAACCAGUGUGGAAAAGCGUUCAACCGGAGUUCAACUCUUAACACUCACACACGAAUCCAUGCAGGUUACAAACCUUUCGUCUGUGAGUUCUGCGGCAAAGGAUUUCAUCAAAAAGGUAAUUACAAGAACCACAAAUUGACACACAGCGGGGAGAAACAGUUCAAAUGCAACAUCUGUAACAAGGCCUUCCACCAAGUGUACAACCUGACGUUCCACAUGCACACGCACAAUGACAAGAAGCCCUUCACGUGCCCGACUUGCGGCAAGGGAUUCUGCAGGAACUUUGACCUGAAAAAGCACAUGCGAAAACUACACGAUCUCUCUGGAUCCCAAUCCCCUGCCACUCUCGCCACAGGCGAAACUGACUAAAAAGCUCCGAGGCUAAAAUGCCAAACAUGCGCCUUUACGCACACUGAUUUGCCCAAAUCUGGAAUUACGCAUGCGAGUUUAGACCGCGCAAAGAUGCUGUGGACUAUUCUAUUAGUACAUAUUUUCCUUGAAUUUGACAUUAUAAUGUCACUAUACUGUUGUUUUAAAUCUCAGGAUUACUGUAAAAUGUCGAUAUUUAUUUGAAACUUUAUAGGCUAAUAAUUUAAGAGAAUAAUUGAAGACUAUGUACAAAUUAUGUUUUGCUGUGAUAAGUGUGGUAGCCUACCCCAUUUUAUAUGAUGCCCUUGAUAAAGUUACAUGAUUUUCCAACACUUGUGUAUAUGCAAAGUUUUGCAGGAAACGAGUGUCUUUGACACAUAGACCUACAGGCUACGUUUUUAAACAGGUGCAUAAACUCAAACAUUUAAGUUAUGAAAAUAAAAUAAUGACAA